AUGCGUCCGGAAGUUGAACAAGAGCUCUCCCACACCUUGUUGGUGGAGUUGCUUGCCUACCAAUUCGCCUCCCCCGUCCGAUGGAUCGAAACCCAAGAUGUGAUCCUCGCCGAACAGCGCACCGAGCGCAUUGUUGAGAUCGGUCCCGCAGAUACCCUUGGAACAAUGGCACGACGGACGCUAGCCUCCAAGUACGAGGCCUACGAUGCUGCUACUUCGGUUCAGCGCCAGAUUCUCUGCUAUAAUAAGGAUGCCAAGGAAAUUUACUAUGAUGUCGACCCCGUGGAGGAAGAACCCGAAGCCGCUGCGGAGCCUACUUCUUCAGCUGCCCCUGCGGCAGCACCGGCUGCCGCUCCUGCAGCUGGAGCUCCUGCACCACCCCCAAGUGCAGGCCCUGCUGCCUCAGUGGAGGAUGUCCCCGUCACAGCAGUCGAUAUUCUGCGGACAUUGGUUGCUCAGAAAUUGAAGAAGGGCCUCUCAGACGUGCCAUUGUCAAAGGCUAUCAAGGAUCUUGUUGGCGGCAAGUCCACUUUACAGAAUGAAAUUCUGGGUGAUCUAGGCAAGGAAUUCGGCUCCACGCCCGAGAAGCCCGAGGAUGUUCCCCUCGACGAGUUGGGCGCUGCCAUGCAGGCGACGUUCAAUGGCCAACUCGGCAAGCAGUCGGCCUCGCUUAUCGCUAGAAUGGUCUCCUCCAAAAUGCCCGGUGGCUUCAACAUCACUUCCGUUAGAAAAUAUCUGGAGAGUCGGUGGGGUUUGGGAUCCGGCCGCCAGGAUGGUGUGCUUUUGCUUGCCCUGACCAUGGAACCGGCUGCUCGUCUUGGCGCGGAAGCGGAUGCCAAGGCCUAUUUGGACGACGUGACCAACAAAUAUGCUGCCAGCGCAGGCGUUAACCUCGCAGCACCGGUUGCCGGCGGUGACAGCGGUGCUGGUGGCGGUGGCAUGAUGAUGGAUCCUGCAGCCAUCGAGGCCCUGACCAAGGAUCAGCGGGCUCUAUUCAAACAGCAGCUUGAGAUCAUUGCCCGGUACCUCAAGAUGGACCUCCGCGGUGGUGAAAAGGCAUAUGUGACCUCGAAGGAGACCCAGAACGCGCUGCAAGCUCAGCUGGAUUUGUGGCAAGCAGAGCAUGGCGACUUCUACGCCUCGGGUAUUGAGCCAGCAUUCAAUCCCCUCAAAGCCCGUGUCUAUGAUUCCUCAUGGAACUGGGCUCGCCAGGAUGCCCUGAGCAUGUAUUACGAUAUUAUCUUUGGACGUUUGCAGGUGGUGGACCGCGAAAUCGUCAGCCAGUGCAUUCGCAUCAUGAAUCGUUCCAACCCUCUGCUCUUGGACUUCAUGCAGUAUCACAUCGACAAUUGCCCAACCGAGCGCGGAGAGACCUACCAGCUUGCCAAGGAACUCGGACAGCAGCUCAUUGAGAACUGUCGCGACGUAUUGGAAGUGGCUCCGGUCUACAAGGAUGUUGCUGUGCCUACUGGUCCCCAAACCACUAUUGAUGCCCGUGGCAACAUUGCCUACAAGGAGGCCCCCCGAACCAGCGCUCGCAAGCUCGAGCAUUACGUGAAGCACAUGGCUGAGGGAGGCCCGAUUUCCGAGUACAGCAACCGCACCAAGGUUCAGAAUGACCUGAAGAGUGUUUACAAGCUCAUUCGCAAGCAACAUCGUCUUUCCAAGUCAUCCCAAAUCCAGUUUGAUGCUCUUUACAAGGAUGUUAUCCACGCUCUUGGCAUGAAUGAGAGCCAAAUCAUUCCCCAGGAGAAUGGCCACAGCAAGAAGGGCGGUCGUAGUUCUGCCAAACGUUCUACUACUGCUGCCACCCGCCCUGGCAAGAUGGAGACCAUUCCUUUCUUGCACCUGAAGAAGAAGACCGAUCACGGCUGGGACUACAACAAGAAGCUGACUGGCACCUACCUCAAUGUUUUGGAAUCGGCUGCCAAGAAUGGUCUUAGCUUCCAGGGCAAGAACGUUCUGAUGACCGGUGCCGGUGCUGGUUCCAUCGGUGCUGAGGUCCUCCAGGGUCUGAUCAGUGGUGGUGCCAAGGUUGUUGUCACUACCAGCCGCUUCUCCCGCGAGGUAACCGAGUACUAUCAGGCUAUGUAUGCCCGUUUCGGUGCUCGUGGUUCCCAGCUUGUGGUCGUACCGUUCAACCAGGGCAGCAAGCAGGAUGUGGAGGCUUUGGUUGAUUAUAUCUAUGACACCAAGAAGGGACUCGGCUGGGACUUGGACUUCAUCGUUCCCUUCGCUGCCAUCCCGGAGAACGGUCGCGAGAUCGACUCUAUUGACUCUAAGUCCGAGCUGGCUCAUCGUAUCAUGUUGACCAACCUUCUCCGUCUUUUGGGCUCGGUCAAGACCCACAAGCAAGCCAAUGGCUUUGAGACUCGGCCGGCUCAGGUUAUUCUGCCCCUCUCGCCCAAUCACGGCACUUUCGGCAACGAUGGCUUGUACUCCGAGUCGAAGCUUGCUCUGGAGACCCUCUUCAACCGCUGGUACUCGGAGAACUGGGGCCACUACCUUACAAUUUGCGGUGCAGUCAUUGGCUGGACCCGUGGUACUGGUCUGAUGAGCGGUAACAACAUGGUCGCCGAGGGCGUUGAGAAACUGGGCGUCCGUACAUUCUCCCAGCAAGAGAUGGCUUUCAACCUUCUCGGCCUGAUGUCUCCCGCCAUUGUCAACCUCUGCCAGCUCGACCCCGUCUUUGCCGAUCUUAACGGUGGUCUUCAGUUCAUUCCGGACCUCAAGGGACUGAUGACCAAACUUCGCACUGACAUCAUGGAGACCAGCGAUGUCCGCCAGGCCGUCAUCAAGGAAACCGCCAUCGAGCACAAGGUCGUCAACGGCGAAGACAGUGGAGUCUUAUACAAGAAGGUUGUUGCCGAGCCUCGUGCCAACAUCAAGUUCGAAUUCCCCAAGUUGCCUGACUGGGAGGAAGUCAAGCCCCUCAAUGAGUCUCUCAAGGGCAUGGUCAACCUGGACAAGGUUGUCGUUGUCACUGGUUUCUCCGAAGUCGGCCCCUGGGGUAACGCUCGUACUCGAUGGGAGAUGGAGUCCAAGGGCAAGUUCUCGCUGGAAGGCUGCGUCGAGAUGGCGUGGAUCAUGGGUCUGAUCAAGCACCACAAUGGUCCCCUCAAGGGCAAGGCCUACUCUGGCUGGGUUGAUGCUAAGUCCGGUGACCCCGUUGAUGACAAGGAUAUCAAGUCCAAGUACGAGAAGCACAUCUUGGAGCACACUGGUAUCCGUCUCAUCGAGCCUGAGCUGUUCAAGGGAUACGACCCUAAGAAGAAGCAGCUCCUCCAGGAGAUCGUCAUCCAGGAGGACCUCGAACCCUUUGAGGCUUCCAAGGAGACAGCCGAGGAGUUCAAGCGUGAGCAUGGAGACAAGGUUGAGAUCUUCGAGAUCCCUGACUCUGGAGAGUACACCGUCCGUCUUCGCAAGGGCGCCACUAUGCUCGUUCCCAAGGCGCUGCAGUUCGAUCGCCUCGUCGCCGGUCAGGUCCCCACUGGCUGGGAUGCCAGUCGCUACGGUAUCCCCGACGACAUCAUUGAACAGGUGGAUCCUGUGACGCUGUAUGUCCUGGUCUGCACUGCUGAGUCUAUGCUGUCCGCUGGUAUCACCGACCCGUACGAGUUCUACAAGUAUGUCCACCUCUCCGAGGUCGGCAACUGCGUUGGCUCAGGUAUUGGUGGUACUCACGCCUUGCGCGGUAUGUACAAGGAUCGCUACUUGGAUAAGCCGGUGCAGAAGGAUAUCUUGCAGGAGUCCUUCAUCAACACUAUGUCCGCCUGGGUCAACAUGUUGUUGUUGUCGUCUACCGGUCCUAUCAAGACUCCCGUUGGUGCUUGCGCCACAGCUGUCGAGUCGGUCGACAUUGGCUACGAGACUAUUGUCGAGGGCAAGGCACGUGUCUGCUUUGUUGGUGGCUUCGAUGACUUCCAGGAGGAGGGCUCUUACGAGUUCGCCAACAUGAAGGCUACCAGCAACGCCGAGGACGAGUUCGCCCACGGCCGUACCCCGCAAGAGAUGUCUCGCCCAACCACCACGACUCGUGGUGGCUUCAUGGAGUCCCAGGGUUGCGGUAUGCAACUCAUCAUGUCUGCCCAGCUUGCCCUUGAUAUGGGUGUGCCCAUCCACGGCAUCAUUGCUUUGACCACGACCGCCACUGACAAGAUUGGACGGUCCGUUCCCGCUCCUGGCCAGGGUGUCCUGACCACCGCCCGCGAGAACCCCGGCAAGUUCCCGUCCCCUCUGUUGGAUAUCAAGUACCGUCGCCGUCAAUUGGAGCUUCGCAGGAAGCAGAUCAAGGAAUGGCAAGAAUCCGAGCUUCUCUACCUCCAGGAGGAGGCCGAGGCUGUGAAGGCUCAGAGCGACGAUACCUUCAACGAGGCAGAGUACUUGCAGGAGCGUGCUCAGCACAUUGAGCGCGAAGCCAUCCGCCAGGAGAAGGAUGCUCAGUACAGUCUGGGCAACAACUUCUGGAAGCAGGAUUCACGCAUUGCUCCUCUCCGUGGUGCCCUGGCUACCUGGGGUCUCACAGUCGACGACAUUGACGUUGCAUCUUUCCACGGUACCUCGACUGUUGCCAACGACAAGAACGAAUCCGAUGUCAUCUGCCAACAGAUGAAGCACCUCGGUCGCUCCAAGGGCAAUGCAGUCAUGGGUAUCUUCCAGAAGUACCUCACCGGUCACCCCAAGGGUGCCGCCGGUGCCUGGAUGUUCAACGGCUGUUUGCAAGUCAUGGACAGCGGUCUCGUGCCCGGCAACCGCAACGCCGAUAACGUCGACAAGGUCAUGGAGAAGUUUGACUACAUCGUCUACCCUAGUCGCAGCAUCCAGACUGACGGCGUCAAGGCCUUCUCUCUCACCUCCUUCGGUUUCGGUCAGAAGGGUGCUCAGGUCAUCGGUAUCCACCCCAAGUACCUGUACGCCACUCUUGACCAGGCCCAGUACCAGGCCUACAAGACCAAGGUCGAGGCCCGCCAGAAGAAGGCUUACCGCUACUUCCACAACGGCCUGAUCAACAACAGCAUCUUCGUCGCCAAGAGCAAGGCUCCCUACGAGGACGAGAUCCAGAGCAAGGUCUUCCUGAACCCCGACUACCGUGUCUCCGUCGACAAGAAGACCUCUGAGCUCAAGUACUCGGCCACUGCCCCUGAAAUAAAGGAGUCUGAGAGCACUCGGAUGACCGUCGAGUCCCUCGCCAAGGCCAAUGCGUCUGAGAACUCCAAGAUCGGUGUGGACGUCGAGCAGAUCGAUGCCGUCAACAUCGAGAACGAGACUUUCGUCGAGCGCAACUUCACCCAAAGCGAGCAGGACUACUGCCGCAAGGCCGCCUCCCCGCAGUCCUCGUUCGCGGGCCGCUGGAGCGCCAAAGAAGCGGUCUUCAAGUCCCUGGGUGUCAGCAGCAAGGGCGCCGGCGCCGCUCUGAAGGAUAUUGAGAUUGGAGUUGAUGCCAAUGGCGCUCCGGUCGUGAACCUCCAUGGUUCUGCCGCCGCUGCCGCCAAGGAAGCCGGUGUCAAGCAAGUCAGUGUUAGCAUCAGCCACAGCGACUCCCAAGCUGUCGCCGUUGCUGUGUCGCGGUUCUGA